GGAAUAGAUGGUGACUCUGUCAACGACCUCCACGAAUCUCUUUUUUUCACCUCAUUGACGACGCAACUUACACCUGCUCAUCACUGCAUAGCAUAGCCGGAGAACAACUAGAUCGAGUGAUUUCCACCAUGGAGCACGACACAUCAACACCCACAUAUUCAACGUCAGAUCCGACAUCAUUUGCCUUCACAUCAGCGCGCGAACGGUGGCCUGCAAUCAUAACCGGCGCAAUCGACGACGUCCACCGGACAGUAUCGUCGAUUCCAGAAUCAGACAAGGAACGGAUCCAAGAAGGCAAGGCGAUCGUAUCAGCGCUCGCGUCAAUCAAGUAUGAACUCCAACACAACCGAACAUUGACAGCGAUCGCCGACGACGGACAACCCGACGUCGAGGGAUACAACGUCGAACUCCAGGCUCGAGGCCCACCUAAAUGGCAUGAUGUUGAGUGGCUAUAUUCGGAAUGUUAUCUGUAUCGCCGGGUAGCCACGUUGUUCGCGUUGGCUAAGCAUCCGUUCUGGAAGAGUUACGAUGUCUUUCGACGUCAGAAGAUGAGCACGUUCAAGUCGUCACGGCCCGCCGUACUGGAAUUAGCCGCUAAGUAUCGAGAGAUCAUCACGCGGAUUCGAACUUCGAAAUCACAUUCGGUUGUCGAGGCGCCUCAUUCGUCUGAAGAGGUCGAACAGGCGGAGAAACUCCUCUUUACUGAAAUGGCGGAGAUUUGUCUGUGGGGAAACGCUACCGAUCUUAGUCUUUUGACGAAUCUGACGUAUGAGGAUAUUCAAAAACUACAGGGAAGUAAUGCGAGGAAGGAGAGUGAGAAGAAUAUCCUGGUCAAUGACUUGGCAGAGGCGUUUGCGGUUUUGAAUCGUGCUCAUAAAGAAGGGAAAUCUUCGAGGAGAGUGGAUAUUGUGCUGGACAAUGCUGGGUUUGAAUUGUUUGUGGAUCUGAUUCUGGCGGGGUAUUUACUGGCGACAGGUCUUGCCACUGAGGUUGUGUUACAUCCUAAGAGCAUUCCUUGGUUUGUCAGUGAUGUCAUUCCACAGGAUUUGGCCGCGUUGUUGGGAGCCAUGCAAGAUCCCAAGUCGUUCUACGAGGAUCCUUCGGAUGAAUAUGAAUCGAAAGGGAAUGGACAGGCGCCGGUGCCUUUGACAGAAGAGGAAGCGAAUGAUGUCAAAUUCCUAUUCGAGGAUUGGAGUCAAUUGCACGGUGAAGGACAGCUGAUUCUUCGACCGAACCGGUUCUGGACCCAUGCGGGCAGUUUCUGGCGCUUGCCGAAGAUGGCUCCUGAACUGUUUGAAGAUUUGAAAGAGAGUGAGCUCGUCAUCUUCAAAGGAGAUCUCAAUUACCGAAAAUUGACUGGCGAUGCUUCAUGGGAUCCAACCACGCCUUUCGUGACGGCUAUUGGCCCACUUGGACCGACUUCUGGUAUUAGAGUAUUGGCUUUGCGAACAUGCAAGGCUGAUGUCGUGGUCGGUCUUCCCAAAGGAAAAGAUGAAGAGAUUCGAGCAAUGGCAGGAGGAGGUGGAGAUUCUGGGGCAAGAAAAUGGGCUUGGAGUGGGAAGUGGGCUGUGGUCCAGUACUCGGAUGGCAAGGCUUGAAGGUUAUGAAGGAUUAAGAAUUUAGAAUUAAGAGCUUACGCUACGACAUGGUAUGUAGACAAAGACUCAUACAUAGAGUUAGAGGUAGAGAUCGACUACAGUGCCU